AUGAGUCAACAUCAAGCUCUUGAUACUUCGCUUUGGAAUAAAUUUAUCUAUGGUAAACCAAGAAUGCCAAACCUAGAGGAAGAUAUAGAGAAAGGGGCUUCAGAAGGAUUUUAUGAUGAGAAGCAAGGAUAUUCCGAUGAUGGGAAAGUCAAUAAUGAAUAUUCAGAACCAAUCAUAGUAAAAGCCAGAAAGAGAAAGGGAAUUGUAGGACAUGGGAUGAUUUUAAUUGGAUUAGUCUUGACAAUCUUCUUGUUGAGAGAUCAGAUUUGUCUUCCUAAGGUAUUUAAAUUCCAUCCUUGCCAUGGUGCAAUUGGUAGAAAAAGUCCUAAUAUGGCCAGUUAUGUUGAUGAAAGUUUCGGUAUUUCGAACACAGAACACGCCAAUGGAACAGUUCCUACUAGACAGGUAAUUGAGGUUAGCAAUCCAAACGUACCUCGCCAUUCUUAUGGUGAACUGGUGCAUUCAGCCAGUUUGGUCAAACAUACAUUUGGCGAUUCAUGGGGUACCCCUGUCGCUACUAAUUACACGCCUCCUUCCGGAGUUGAGUUCAACAGAGUUGUUUUGACGUUGAAUACUUCUGUUGAAGGCGUUCAGUACGACAGGUUGGCCAACAUAUUUGUCGAUGGAGCUGAAAUUUGGAGAACGUCUACUGCGGAACCAGGUGGAAGGGCUGUCUUUUCCACUUUCAAGAAGGACGUUUCCUCUUACUUAAAGCUUUUCACAAAAGAGUCGAAGAUUUUAUUUCAAUUGGACAAUAUCUUAUCUGGAAGACUUUCCGGUGAAUUUGAGGUUGAGUUAUUCGUUGAUUUCUACAACGUUGAAGAACAUCACCAUGAAGUAGAUGCAUUUUUAAAUGAAGAGGAUAAAAACCUGAACGAGUCCAUUUUUUCAGUUGCUAAGCCAGCGUCGCAAAUACAUGCACUUACGAAUAGUAAAGAUACAGAAACAUCGCCAAUCUCAUACUUGCCUUCUGAUAAACUUAUUGUUAACUUGCCAUCUGUUCCAGUAAAUACUACUCGUUUGAAAUUAUCUAUUUUCACAUCUGGUAGUGCUGCUGAGGAAUUUUGGUACGCUAAUGUCUUGGACAAAUAUGUACGUAAAUUUGAAAAGAAUGGUAGAGCUUUGCAAGGUCAUGGGCCUGUCAGAAUUGUAAAUGUUUACUUCAAUGGCGAAAAGAUUGCAACCCAGUCUCCGCAACCCAUCAUUUUCUCUGGUGGUGUUUCUCCAGCAUUGUGGUCGCCAGUUAUGCCGCACGACUCGUUUGAUUUGCCAAGCAUUGAUUUGGAUUUGUCAGGUUUAUUACCAUAUCUUUGGGAGAACCAGUCGAUAGAGGAUAAGAAUAUAGAAAUUGAGAUAGCAAAUGGAUUAGACGAAACUGCUAAACCAAAUACUCCUCGUUCUAAUAUUGGCGAUAACUGGAUUACCACGGCUAAUUUGUUGACCUAUGAAAAUAAAGACGUUGCUGAUGUAUCUGGUGAUAUUAUCAAGAUCGAUCAUAGCCAAAGUGCAAGAGUCAUUGAUUUCGCUCCACCUUUCACCGGUUCAAUUCAACAAACAAUUUCUGCAUCAUUUGAUGCUGAAUUAACAAGUAAUUUAAAUUUUGUAUUAAAGGAUGGUUCUACUCUUAAUACUACUGUUAGUUCAAUUUCUGAAGCUAAAAUAUCCAAUGUUCAAAGCUAUAGGCAUUUUGGUGACAACCAAAAGGUUGUACAUCUUGGUUCAUCAUCUAAGACUUUCACUAUUCAGAAUGUUAAUCCUUCAGAUCAAAAAGUUGAUGAUUCCAAUAUUAUUCACAAUUAUAAGUCUCAGUUAAGUUAUCCUUUGACUAUAUCGCUUGAUGAAAGUGAUCAAUCAGAAGCAAACAGCCUUGAUCUUGAGUAUGACGCUAAAAUUGCCCAUGCUAAAGAGGCUAUUGUUAAUGUAGAUGGAAAGAAUGUCAUGAGUACAGCAACCUCUCAAAAUGGUAAGUCAAGAUAUGUUUUGUCCCAUGAAGGCAAUCAUGGAUUUGGUGAUUUAGAAACUAAAUAUAAGUUGAAUGUGGUUUCACCGACAGGGGCUUAUAAUUAUAAGAGAAAAGUAACUGCUGUAAAUGGCACUAUUAUUUCUGACAAAAAUAAGUCAGGCAAUGAAGAACAUAGUGAUCUGCAUUCUUAUCGGUUACUUUAUAAAAUUCCGCCUAAAAGACUUCACAGGCUAAUGAAAUUGAAGAAGAUAGGUGAUGAAUACGAUAAUGUGGUUGACGUUUUGUCAGACAUUUAUGCUUUCAAAUCCACUGAUAUCUUCAUCUGUAAACAAUUACGUGAUACAUUGAAUGCAAUGAGAAUCCUUGACCUUCACCGUGAAUUUAUCAUUGUAGAUGAAAGUGGGAAUGUCAUUAAAAUUGGCAAAGAUAGGCAUCAUCAAGGCAAGAUGAAGCACCAAGGAGGUAAAAAUAAGCAUCAUGGCAUGGACAGACAUAAGGUGUAUGGUAUGAAGCACCAUGGUGGAAAGCAUCAUGACAAUUAUGACAAUGAUGACCAAGACAAACCAUCGAAAGUCUACGGUAUGAAGCACCAGGGUGAUGAUCAUAGACCAAGACCUCAUGGUGGAAAACAUCAUGACGAUAGUGAUGAUGACGAGGAAAAGCCAUCGAAGAUCUACGGUAUGAAGCAUUAUGGUGAUGAUAAUAAACCAAGACCUCAUGGUGGAAAGCAUCAUGAUGAUAGUGAUGACGAAGAUAGUGAUGACGAAGACAAGCCAUCGAAAGUCUACGGUAUGAAGUAUCAUGGUGAUGAUAAUAAACCAAGACCUCAUGGUGGAAAACAUCAUGAUGAUAGUGAUGACGAAGAUAGUGAUGGCGAAGAUAGUGAUGACGAAGACAAGCCAUCGAAAGCCUACGGUAUGAAGUAUCAUGGUGAUGAUAAUAGACCAAGACCUCAUGGUGGAAAGCAUCAUGAUGAUAGUGAUGACGAAGAUAGUGAUGGCGAAAAUAGUGAUGAAGAAGACAAGCCAUCGAAAGUCUACGGCAUGAAAUAUCAUGGUGAUGAUAAUAGACCAAGACCUCAUGGUGGAAAACAUCAUGAUGAUAUUGGUAUUCCUCCUCAAGGUCCUCUUCCGCCUCCAGUUUCACCUCCUCGGGGUCCUCCUCCUUCGAGUCCCAUUUCCUAA